GGGAAAAGGAAAAAAAAAAAAAACCCCAAUCCCAAACAAAGGGGAAGUUUAAAUGAUUUUCUUUUAAAAACCCUAAAAUCAAUCGUUCCUUUUUCCUUUCUAUUUCUGUCUUAAAAACAAUUCCUAAAAGAGCAAUAUCUCUUCUUUUUCUGUCGAUUUGCCUUAUAAUCGAGUCUUCUUACUCUUUGUCGUGAUUGAUCGUUGAAUGAGAAGAGAAGCUGAGCAGCAAUGUCUGCAGAAAUCAUAGAUAUCGACUUGGAAGGGGAUUCAGAUGGCAGCGGGAAUGAGGUACGCUUUUUGUUCACGAAUCUUCUUUUGAGAUGUGUGAAGGUUAUGCUUAAUGGGUGGUGUUGUCUUGUUAUUGUCCUGGUGUCUGAUGAGUGCAGUAAGAAAGUGGGUAAAGUGGGGUUUUCGAAUAUUUGUUUAUUGACUUGCUUUUUGAAAAGGGGCAUCUGGUCCCCACCUUAUGUGUUUUUCAUGGGUCAGUGUGUUUACCUGUAUGGAAGCAAUAAGGGUGAUUGGGGGAUCGAGAAGUAUGUGCUGUUUAUUCAUAUAGGUGGUAGGUUAAUACAGGAUAGUGGACUUAAAUAUGUUGAUGGAGAGUGUUGGGACUGGCAUGUAGACAUAGAUAAAUUAACUGUGAAGGAGUUGUUCCAAAAGAUUUCAAUAGCACGUUAUGAUCUAGAUAUGGUAGAGCAUAUAUGGUAUUUGGAACUUGGAAAGACACUUAGUAAUGGCAAAGCAACACCUGGCGAUGAUGCAAACAAGGGUCAAGAAACUCAUAAUGGUAGUAAAGGGGUUGAGACUGAGGGUCUUACUCAUGGUAAAGGGGUUGAUGGUGAGGUUCGUGUGGAGGAAAGCGAAAAGGAGAGUGUAGUUGAGGAUUAUUAUGAACCUAGACAAGAUUUUACUGCAAAAAGUGUUUGGUUAGAAAAGGAAGAUGAAGCUGGUGUUGAGAAGGAAGAUGAAGCUGGUGUUGAGAAGGAACGUGCAGGUGUGAAUGCAGCAUGUCCUAAUACCCCUCUUACAGUAGUCCAUGAUGAUGGUGAUGAAAUGCAAAGUGAUGUAGAAUAUAGUUACAUUUCUACUAAAGAAGAUGAUAGAAGUGAUGCUGAUCAUGCUUCUAGGAGGAGAGCUACACACGUUAUUUAUGAAGAAGUUGAAGAUGCUCUUUUAGAUAUAAGGAGGGAUAUUAAAUGGAAGAAGAAUGAUAGCAAACGGAUUAGGGCUGUUUGCAAACAUGCCCCAAGCUGUGAUUGGAAAAUACUAUUAUCAAAGGAUGCGGUGACGGAUUCUUGGAUGGUGAAGACAUAUAUUCAUGAGCAUACUUGUGGUAAGGAGUUGACAAGUAAGAGAUUCAACUCAACAAGUGCAUCAAAGUAUUUGGUUAAGAAGAGGAGUUUUGCUUCUUUUUACUUGAAAGCAGAUGACAUUUUUCAAACCAUCCGAAGAAACACUGGGCUGGAGUUAACUGGAAAACAAUGCCGGAAGGCAAGAGAGAAAAUUGCCCGUGUGUUUGAAAGAAAUUGUUUGAUGGAAUAUAGUAAACUGUGGGACUAUGCUGCUAAGCUGAGGAAAAGAGAUCCAACAGCCACAAUUCUCAUUCAGGCACUAAGGCCGACAAGAAAUGCAAAUCAUAUUUCCAUGAGAAUGUAUGUAUGUUUCAGCGCUAUGAAACUUGGAUUUGUUGCUGGCUAUAGGCGUGUAAUAGGGGUUGAUGGAGCUUUUCUUAAAGGAGCAUAUAAAGGAGUUUUGCUGGUGGCAGUUGGAUGGGAUGCCAACGAUCAAAUGUACUCAUUAGCAUGGGCAGUUGUUGAGGUUGAGAAGACAGAGACUUGGAGAUGGUUUUUGGAAGAACUGCAAUCAGAUAUGCAAAUUGGUAGAGGCAAUAGAUUCACAUUUAUAUCAAACCAACAGAAGGCAUUCUUCAAGGAAGAUAGUAAGUCAGAUGUAGUUGACAACAAUAUGUGUGAAGUUUUUAAUGGUUUAAUUGUUGAUUCAAGGCACAAGGCUAUUUUCUCAAUGCUUGAAGAUCUUAGGAUGAUGUGUGGUAGGAGGACUAUUGCUAGAAGGACAUUUGCAGAUGAGAAGUUUGUUGGUGAUUUUGGUCCUAAAAUAUGGGAGAAGAUUGUUGCAAGUAGGGAAGGAAGCAAGAGAUGCAGGGUGCUAUGGCCUAGCGGCGUUGGUUAUGAGGUUGAAAAAGAAGACAAUGGUAAAUUUAUUGUUGAUAUAAACAGGAGGACUUGUACUUGUAGGUGUUGGAACAUGACAGGCAUGCCUUGUAAGCAUGUUAUAAGUGUCAUUAAAUUCAAGAAGGAAAAAGAUGAACACUACGAAGCUAGAAACAAUGAAGCUUCUGAAGCCACUGAAGCCACUGAGAACUUGAAUGAUAACAACCCAGUGAGCCAAGCUGAUAAUCCUGCAAGUCAAGUGGUUAAUGAAGAAAGAAGACCUGUCCAAGAGCGAAGAAACGAAGAGAAGAGGAAAAGAGAAAAUAAAUCUGUAGGAAAAAAGUUCCCAAACAGCAAAGAGCAAGAAGAGGCAAAAGAAAGCCCACCACAGGAACAAAAUAAGAGAGGUCAAGCUAAGCAAAAGAAAUCUGGUAGUCAAUUGCACACAAUGGCCAAAGCUAGACCGAGGAAAGGUGGACAGUCAGGUGCUAGGGAGUGAAGGUGUUGAUGGUUGUGUUUUUUUGCCAUUUGAAGUUGACUGGUGCAUUAGAAAUGAAGAUGGUUGUGUUUUUUUGCCAUUUGAAGUUGACUGGUGCAUUAGAAAUGAAGCUUUUUUUUGUUUUUUUUUCAUUUAACCUAUCAUUACAUGUAACUUAGGCAACUUCAUGCGAAUUCCUGUUUUGUAUAUGGUGUAUAUGCUGUUGUGCAUAUGAUGGCUUCAUGGGAUAGGUUGUAUGUAUAUUGGUACACCUUUGAUAUCCAGACUGAUGUAAAUGGUGCAAAUAUUUUGGAUUUAACCUUUUGGAAUCAAAAAUUGUUCUUGACUGAAAAGUCUUGUGUUUUGGUUGAGAAUUACAUUUUGCUAUGUAUUUGCUAGUAUGAAAUUAAACUUGUACAGUGAAU